AUGCACAGAAACCAAUCAAAGACUUUAGGAGAAGAAGAUUCUCCAGCUCUUCUGACUGCAAUCGAACAGUCAAAGAUCUCAGUUAUCAUUUUCUCUGAAGGGUACGGUUCUUCAAGCUGGUGUCUCAGAGAACUUGAAAAGAUCCUUGAAUGCAAGAACAAGUACGGUCAGAUUGUAAUUCCGAUCUUUUAUCGCGUAGAUCCAUCAGAUGUAAGGCAUCAAGAGGGAGAAUUUGGAAAGGCAUUUUCCCAGCUUGAAGAUCGUUUUAAGGUUAAAGAUCCAGGGUUGUCGCAAAGAUGGAAGACUGCUUUGACGGAAACAAGCAACCAGGGUGGCUUUGUUUCAAAUAACACUAGAGAUGAAUCAACACUUGUAAACGAUAUUGUUGAGGAUAUUUUGAAGAAACUGAAUGAUGAGUACUUGGUAAUUGACAACUACAACCUUGUAGGAAAGAUAGCUAAAAAGUUUGACACUUCUUACUUCAUUCGGAAUAUUAGAGAAGAAUCAGAGAAAAGUGAGGGCUUAAAUGACUUGCGCCAAAGACUUAGUUCUAAAGUUUUCGGGGACAAAAAUCCCAAUAUCGGAUUCACCUCACAAAAAAGAAGGCUUGGUUGUGCUCUUAUUGUUUUCGAUGAUGUGACAAAGUUAGAACAAAUGGAAUGUUUAAUCGAGGAUUUUGAUUACCUGGACUCUGAAAGUCGAAUAAUCAUAACAACAAGGGAUGGGCAAGUUCUAAUAAAAUGUGGUGUGGAUCCCAUACACAUAAUCAAGAUGGAAGAAAUGUCUAGGGAUGAAGCUUUUCAGCUUUUUAACAAAUAUGCAUUUGGAGAAAGCGGCCCAACAGAAGAUUAUUCUAAGCUAUCAUCAAGGGCAGUAGCAUAUGCUAAAGGUGUUCUAGUAGCUCUUAAAAAUUUAGGGUCCUCUCUAUUCAAGAGGACAAAGCAAGAUUGGGAAGGCGUUUUACAAAACUUGAAGAAAAGUCCUCAUAAGGAUAUCCAAAGGGUCUUCAAAGUGAGUUAUGAUGGGUUAGAUUACAAACAACAACAAGUAUUUUUAGAUAUUUCAUGUUUCUUUAGAGGUUGUGAAGGAUAUCUUUUGGAGGAGGUCUUGGAUUCUUGUGGCUUUGUCUCACAUAGUUGUAUAAAUGUUCUCAUUCAAAAGUCUCUCAUCACUACCCCAUCCAACAUUAUAACAAUGCAUGAUUUACUUCAAGAUAUGGGCAGAGAAAUUGUUUGA